GGCUGCAGCCCCCGGCGCAGUUCCUCAUUCCCCUCGCACUCGGGCCUCAGGCUCGGUGGAGCUGAGCACUGGGGUGUUGGUGGCAGCACUGAGGGGCCCUCCACUGCCCCAUCAUGGCAUCCGCUCUGACCGUCCUCCUCCUCGGCUGCUGGCUGGCCGGGCACAGCGGGGUGUGGGGACAGCCCAGCUACCCCAAACCCAACAUCUCCCUGCUGAGCCCCAGCGGGGGGGUCUCCCUGGGGGGAGCCUUGACCAUCCUUUGUUGCGGCCAGCACGAGGGCCUGCAGUUCGUGCUGAAUAAAGAGGGACGCACUGUCCAAUGGGUGAAUUCGGACUAUCUCGCUCUGUUUACCAUCAACAACGUGCGCCAGGAGCACAGUGGGAUCUACAGCUGCUCCUAUCACAACCAAUCGCAGCCGUCUGCCGUGUCGUACCCCAGUGACCCCAUGGAGCUGGUGGUGAGAGAUUUCACCAACGCCAACAUCACCCGCCUGGUGCUGGGCGCCAUGGUCCUGCUCAUCCUGGGGCUGAUCCUGGCUGAGGCCUACUACAGCCGUCCGAGGGGGGGUGCCCUAGGAGCCUGGAUCCGGCCGUGUGGAGAAGAGAAUCUCCCCAGGGAACAAGCUGCUUCCCCUCAGGGCGCUGAGACACCGGCACACCCCCCCCUGCUCCCUAACACCCCUGCCCCGGAGAAUCCCCCCCAAGAGCUCCCAAUCUGACAGCGGCACCUCAGGAUCGAACCCCCGCUGACCUGUGUGACCUUGUGUGACUGAAGUGGGGGAUUUUCUUGUUUUUCCCUUGGUUUCCCAAUGGUUUGCAUGCAGAGGGGGUGGGACUCAGUGUUACUCAUUUAACAAGGGGAGGGGAGAGGGAGUUUUGUUGUUGCAGAGAACCAGCGAGGGAACUUGGGACCCCAGCCAAUGGCCUGGAGGAUGGAGACCCCAGCGACUGGUGACCUGGUGACCCGGAGGCC